GCGGCUUUUCCUGAAGCCCGGAAGGGGAGCGCCGCUGCCUGACCUGCUCCUGCUCGUGGAGCGUGGAGUCGGGAGCAGUUCCGAGGCCGCCGCGGAGCCGAGUGGCGUCCGGGAUUCGCAGGAGGACCCGAGGGCGCAGUGGUUGGGUCCAGUAGCUGCAUCCAAGGUAUGGGGAAAACGAAGUCGCGGAGGAUUUGCCCCUGGAGAGAGGCAAGCGUUGCUAGGACCUGGGGUGGGCUAUGGUUUGUGCAGUGUGGAGCCGAGAGGGGAAACGCCGCAAAGUGAGGGAACGGUCAGGCGAGAAAGGACAAAACGCCCCCAUUCUGCCACGGCAAAGCCCGGAGUUGCUCAUCUGGAUUCACGGAUGCAGACCUGGUGUUUCAGGGCUCCUCUCUCCUCCCCCAGUUUUGUCGUUUCAGCAUCUGCCUUUCCCCGUGCGGAGGAAGAGCAACCAAGUCCCCGGGCCUAGACCAAUCCAGAGCUGUGCCAUGGCAGAGACUGAGGAAGAGGAGAAGGUGUCAGCAGAGGCCUCAGGGUUCUCGGAUUUGAGUGACUCGGAGUUUCUGGAUCUGGAGGAUACCCAAGAGUUGAGUGAUCCACUUAGCAAGCCUGGCCCUUCUUCUGAACCCCUGGGGAUGGAUGGCAAGCUCAUAAGCUUACCAAAGUGGAAAAAAGGAUUGGAUGUCUUAUCACCCAUGGAGCGAUUCCACCUUAAAUAUUUGUAUGUGACUGACCUGUCAACUCAGAACUGGUGUGAACAGCAAAUGGUAUAUGGGAAGGAACUUCCUGGUUUCUUGGCACCUGAGAAGGCAGCUAUUUUGGACACUGGUGCCAGUAUCCACCUAGCUAGAGAACUAGAACUUCAUGAUCUUGUGACUGUCUCCAUCACCAGCAAAGAAGAUGCGUGGGCAGUUAAGUUUCUGAAUAUGUUAUCAAUGAUUCCUACCCUGCAGUCAGAAGGGCGCAUCAGAGAGUUCCCAGUGUUUGGAGAAGUGGAGGGUGUGCUUCUUGUUGGAGUGAUUGAUGAGCUGCACUAUACGCCCAAGGGGGAACUGGAACUGGUUGAACUCAAGACGCGGAGACGCCCUGUGCUCCCUCUGGAGGCUCAGAAAAAAAAAGACUGUUUUCAAGUCAGCCUAUACAAGUAUAUCUUUGAUGCCAUGGUACAAGGGAAGGUGACCACUGCUAGCCUAAUCCACCACACAAAAUUGCAUCCAGAAAAGCCACUGGGACCUGCAGUGCUGAGGCAUGCCCAACAGGGAGGCUUCUCUGUGACAUCCUUGGGUGACCUCAUGGAGCUGGUCAUCUUGUCUCUAACACUGUGUGACCUUCCAGUCAUUGAUAUUCUGAAGAUUGAGUAUAUCCACCAAGAGACUGCCACUGUGCUGGGUUCAGAGAUUGUGGCCUUUGAAGAGAAGGAGCUGAGAAGCAAAGUGCAGCACUAUAUGGCUUACUGGGUAGGCCACCGAGAGCCUCAAGGGGUUGAUGUGGAGGAGGCUUGGAAAUGCCGGACAUGCAACUAUGCAGAUAUCUGUGAGUGGAGGAAGGGCGGUGGGGUGCACAGCUCCUCGCUAGAGCCCCAAGCCAAAAGAGCCAGAUGAACAGAAGGUGUGCCUUAAGGAACUUUCACCCUUCCUGCUCCUCAUGUACUCACAAAGUAAAACGGGGCCAGUCUUUGGCUUUCAUAUUUUCUCAACCUUAACCACUCAAAUCUAGGACCAAUGCUUGGGUGAGUGGGAGAUCUGGGAUUAUACUGUACCUGGAGCUUCACCGUGGAUUGCCAAGAAGACAGAUGCUUAUCAUGGCCGGAACAGCAGUAUCCUUCAGCAAUCAUUGCUUUCCUAAGAAGAUUCUUCAGUUUUUGUUAAGUCUCUUCCCUAUUUUUUCUCAAUCAAGGCUUUCUGCAUUUUAUAUAAUAAAACAAAAUGAAACACUGCCCAGAUUGGUUAACUGAUGGGUUGUUGUUUUUUUCAUAAUCUCAAUCCUUCAUAGGUAACCACUAUAAAUGGUUGUAUGUAUGCUGACCUUGAUCUUCUGGUUCAUAGGUUGCGUUCAACCACUGAGCCAUGGGCUGGGCACUUUGUGGUUUCUUACAAAAUAGUUGAAGCAUUUGUAAUUGGAAUCACCUCAGGAUCACUAAUGAUGUUUUCUACAAAUACUUCCCUGGUUUUCAGUCUUGACAUGUCUAAAUAAUUUUAUCUCUCCCUUUUGAAUUCUGCCUAAGGUAUCUGAACUCCAAAUUAUGGACCUCUAGGAUGCUUGUUCAAUGAAUAGCUAAAUAAAGAGAUGUGACAACAAA